AUGACGAAGGUCAUGAGAUUAAACACCAACGAUAGGGUAGAACUCUUCAAUGGAAAAGGAGGUCUAGUUGAAGGAUUCAUACAGAACAUUGAUCGUACUGGAGCUGAUUUUGUGGCUCUGGAGAAUGCAAAGUUAGUUCCUCCCAUGGCCACUCAGUGGCAUGUGUUUGCCGCUUUUGGAACUUUGAAAGAAGGCCGUGUUGAUUGGCUUGUGGAGAAAUACACAGAGUUGGGAGCUAGUAGUGUGACACCUUUGUUGACUGAGCGUUCUCCUUCCAUUUCAGAUAACCGAUUUGACAGAUUAGAAUGUAUUAUUUUUGUUGCAUCUAAACAAUGUCAGCGAUUGCAUGAAUUAACUUUGAGACCUCCUCUAAAGAUCAGUGGACUUCUGCCUCUUGUUGCUCAGACAAAACUGUCUUUCAUUGCUGUUGCGGAGGCUACUCCUAUUUUAAGUGCUUUAAGUUCAUUGGAGAAAGAAUCAUCUGGUCUAAUGAUAAUUGGACCUGAAGGAGACUUCACUGUGAAAGAGUUGAGGAUGAUCAUGGAAGCAAGUGCAACAGCAGUUGGUCUCGGCCCACAUCGGUUACGGGUUGAAACUUCUACAAUUGCCUUUUUGUCAACUUUAAUGUUGUGGUCCAACUCUGAGGAAACACUAUAA